UUGAGAGGUUGUGUUGUUUUAAAAAUUAUUAUUACUAAAUAUUCCAAUUUAUUUAUAUUAUAAUGGAAGGUAGGAAAAGACAAAGGUGUGUUUAUGUCACAGCUCGUCAGAAAAAAAAGUUAAUAGAAUUAAUGGCUAAACAUCCAGAAUUAAUAUCUUGCAAAGUAACUCAAGACUUUAGUUAUAAAGAUUCUCAAAUACUCUGGCAAAACAUAGCCAGCGAAUGCAAUGCUAUACCUGGAGCCAGAAAAACGUGGAGGCAGUGGAGAAAAACAUGGCACGAUCUUCGUUCCAAAACUAAGAAAAAACAGGCAGAAACAAAUGGAGAUAUCCCAUUUUCUACAACUACACUGUCACUAGCAGAACAGGAAGCUUUAGGCAUUCAAAAUUUGUCUUCAACUGAUGACUAUCACGAAACUACAGAGUUUGUGCCACUGAGUGAGAAUCAAGAAGACUUGAAUGAUGACAUGUCUGCUACCUCGCUGAGUGAGCCAGGCUCACCUCCUGAGCCAAAAGUUUUUGUUUCAACUGAACACAGAACAAAAAAAAAUAAAAUUAAAAACUCCAAACAUAGUUCAAAACAUUUAAACAGUUGUUACUUUAACUGUGACCUGAUAGCAGUUCAGGAACAGAGAAAGGCACAAAUCAAGGAAGAUUAUUUAAAUUUUAAGAAAGAUUAUUUAAGACAAAAGCUUAAGUUCCUAAAAGAACAGACUGAGGCUUUAAAAAGUAUUGCAAAAGAACUAUCAAAGUGAUGUGACAUUCAUUAUAGAAUGGAAUUUUAAGAUAAAUCAAUGAAAUUUUCAAUGUGUUAUAAUAUAGUGGGUAUUAAUUCCAACUAUUCUAAGUAUACUGUUUACUAUACUAAGUAGUGAGUGAUUAUCUAUGUGAGUGUUUUGUUUCAAUAAUUUGUAUCAAAUGUGAAAGCAUAAAUUUAAAAAAACAACCAAUAAUUGCUAAGAAUUACCAAACUCCUAAACUCAGUUUGUUAAACAACACCAAAACAGUACCAAUCUCUCCUCUUGGGAGAGUGAAUAGAAAGAUAACUCAUUUUGGUCGACAGAUAUAUUAACAUUAUCAACUCAUCACCGGCUCACUACAGGGCACAGGUCUCAUCCCCAUAAUGUGAAGGGGGCUAAGGCCAUGCUGGCCCAGUGUGGAUUGGUGGAUUAACAUAAUGAACUACAAUAAUUAGUUUAUGAUUUUAUCAGUAAAUUGCACUGAAGGCUUAACAAACUCUCCAAAGCAUAGUAAAAAUGUACAAGUCAAAUUUGAUUUGGUAAUCCACUCAGUUAAAAGUACAAAAUCCUCACCAUUGAUUAAAAAGUGCAUUCAAUUAUAAUUCUGCCGCAAAUAGGCAACACCAUUUAAUGUAAUGUAAAUAGCUGAAAUCAUGAUUAGUGUGAGAACUUGUUUCAUAAUAAAACAUGUAAAUAUUUA